AGUCCCAGAAUGCAGUGCGCGGCGCGUCAUUGAAGAGAGACCGUGAUGGCGGCGCUCGGUGCACCAGAAGUGAUUUCACAGCUGGAAAGCGCUGCCAAAGUUUUAAUGGCACCGCCCUCCAUGGUCAGCACAGACCAAAGGCAGCAUGCGGAGCGAAUCUUCCUGUCCUUCCGCAAGUCCAAGUCGCCCUUUGCCGUCUGCAGGCACAUCCUCGAGACCAGUAAGGUGGACUACGUGCUGUUCCAGGCUGCCACGGCGAUAAUGGAGGCAGUGGUGAGGGAGUGGGUUCUCCUGGAGAAGAGCACCAUCGAGUCCCUACGCACCUUCCUUCUCACCUAUGUCUUACAGAGACCCAACCUACAGAAGUACGUCCGAGAGCAGAUCCUCCUGGCUGUCGCCGUCAUAGUGAAACGCGGCUCGCUGGACAAAUCCAUCAACUGUAAGGGCGUCUUCCAUGAGGUCGGCCAGCUCAUCAGCAGCGGAAACCCCACCGUGCAAACACUGGCCUGCUCCAUUCUGACUGCCCUGCUGAGUGAGUUCUCCAGCUCCAGUAAGACCAGCAACAUCGGUCUCAGUAUGGAGUUCCACGGCAGCUGUAAGCGUGUCUUUCAGGAGGACGACCUGCGUCAGAUCUUUGUUCUCACCAUGGAGGUUUUGCAGGAGUUCAGCCUCAGGGAGAACUUGAGUGCCCAGAUGUCGUCUGUGUUUCAGCGGUACCUGGCGCUGGCCAAUCAAGUACUCAGCUGGAACUUUCUCCCACCCAAUCUGGGCAGACACUACAUCGCCAUGUUCGAGGCCACUCAGAACGUGAUGCUGAAGCCGACAGAGUCGUGGAGACAGGCUCUUCUGGACCACAGAGUGAUGGACCUCUUCUUCACGGUACACAGGAAGAUCCGGGAGGACUCGGACAUGGCGCAGGACUCUCUGCAGUGCCUGGCACAGCUGGCCUCUAUGCAUGGGCCUGUCUUCCCCGACGAGAGCGCGCAGGUCUCCUACCUGGCCCACCUCCUGGAGGGCCUGCUCAACAUGAUUAACGGGAUUGAGAUCGAGGACUCCGAGGCUGUGGGCAUCGCCACCCUAAUCAGCAACCUCAUCGCCACGUUCCCGCGGAGCGUCCUGACCGCCCUCCCUACCGAACUCUUCUCCUCCUUCAUCAACUGCCUCACGCUGCUCACCUGCUCCUUCGGACGCAGCGCCGCCCUGGAGGAGGUGCUGGACAAGGACGAUAUGGUGUAUAUGGAGGCGUACGACAAGCUGCUGGAGUCGUGGCUGAAGUUGGCGCAGGAGGAUGAGCACUUUCCCCGAGGCUGCUUUGUCGAGCCGGCCGUGCAGGUCUUCAACUCCUACAUACAGUGUCAUCUCGCCGCCCCUGAGGGUACCAGGAAUCUGACGGCGAAUGGCAUGGCGUCUCACGAGGAGGAGGAGAUCAGCGAGCUGCAGGAGGACGACAGGGAGCUGUUCUCAGAUCAGCUGGCCAGCGUCGGCAUGCUGGGCCGCAUUGCUGCGGAACACUGCAUACCCCUGCUAACAGGUUUACUUGAAGACAGAGUCACUCGGCUUCACGGGCAGCUCCAAAGACACCAGCAGCACCUCAUGGCCUCAACAGAUCCUGACUCAGUGGACCGCAAAGUCCUGGAUGACCUCUACGAAGACAUCCACUGGCUCAUAUUGGUCUCAGGUUAUCUCUUGGCUGAUGACCUCCAGGGCGAAACUCCCCUGAUCCCCUCCGAGGUGAUGCAGUUCUCCGUAAAGCACUCGGCGGAAGUGGAUAUCAACACCACGCUUCAGAUACUGGGCUCGCCGGGCGAGAGGGCCACCUCCAUCCCAGGUUGCAACAGGACGGACUCCGUCAUCAGGUUGUUGUCAGCAGUGCUGAGGGCGUCUGAGGUGGAGUCUCGGGCCACGCGGGCCAGUCUGACUGAGCUGCUGAGUCCUCAGAUGGGGAAAGACAUCGUGUGGUUUCUACGGCGAUGGGCCAGAACGUACCUGCUCGUGGACGAGAAACUGUAUGAAACUAUCAGUAUUCCCCUGAGCACAGCGUUUGGGGCAGACACUGAGGGCUCCCAGUGGAUUGUGGGGUACCUACUGGAGAAGGUGAUCAAUAAUUUGUCGGUGUGGAGCUCCGAGCCGGAGCUCGCCAACGACACGGUGGAGCUCCUGGUCACGUUGGUGGAAAAGAGAGAGAGGGCGAACAUCGUGGUCCAGUGUGAGAACUGGUGGAACCUGGCCAAGCGGUUUGCCACGCGCAGUCCACCCCUGCACCUACUGUCCAGCCCUAUCCAGCGCACGCUCAUGAAGGCCCUGGUGCUCGGUGGCUUCGCGCACAUGGACUCCGACACGAAGCAGCAGUACUGGGCCGAGGUGCUGCACCCGCUCCAGCAACGCUUCCUGAACCUCAUCAACCAGGAGAACUUUGCGCAGAUCUGCCAGGAGGAGGCGGUGAAGCAGGAGAUCGUGGCCACCCUGGAGGCCUUGUGCGGCAUUGCCGAGGCGACGCAGAUCGACAACGUGGCCUCGCUCUUCAGCUUCCUCAUGGACUUCCUGUCCAGCUGCAUUGGUCUCAUGGAGGUCUACCAGAACUCGCCGGAAACGGUCAACCUCAUCAUAGAGGUGUUUGUGGAGGUGGCCCAUAAGCAGAUCUGUUAUCUGGGAGAGACCAAGUCCAUGCGUCUGUACGAGGUGUGUUUGACGCUGCUUCAGGUCUACUCCAAGAACAACCAAGGCCGCAAGAGACAGGACGUAGCAGCCGAGGAGGACCAGUACCAGGACCUCCUGCUCAUCAUGGAGCUCCUCACCAACCUACUCUCCAAGGAGUUCAUCGACUUCAGCGACACGGAUGAGGUGUUCCGGGGCCAGGAACAGAGCACCAGCGCGGCUCGCACGGUGUCGGCGGCUGACGUCGUGCUGUUCGGGGUCAACAUCGUGCUCCCCCUCAUGUCUCAGGACCUUUUAAAGUUCCCUUCUCUGUGUAACCAGUACUAUAAGCUGAUCACCUUUAUCUGUGAGAUUUUCCCUGAGAAGAUCCCUCAGCUUCCAGAAGAACUCUUCAAGAGCCUUAUGUUCUCCCUGGAGUUGGGCAUGACCUCGAUGAGCUCAGAGGUUAGUCAGCUGUGUCUAGAAGCCCUGUCCCCAUUGGCUGAGCAGUGUGCCAAAACACAGGAGAAAGACACGCCUUUAUUUAUUGCUACGCGACAUUUCCUCAAGCUGGUGUUUGACAUGCUGGUCCUUCAGAAGCACAACACACAGAGAACCGUGGCUGCAGGAGAAGCCCUCUAUACACUCGUGUGCCUGCAUCAGGCGGAGUACUCUGAUCUGGUGGAGUCUCUGCUCUCCAGCCAGAGGGACGCGGUCAUCUACCAGCGCCUCGCCGACGCCUUCAGCACGCUGACGGCCAACAGCACACCGCCAGCCAUGGACCGCAAGCAGAAGAACGCAUUCCUCAGGAGCCUGGAGGAGUUCAUGGCCAACGUGGGCGGCCUGCUGUGCGUCAAAUAGCCUCAGCCGCCCCCAGCUUUCGCUGGCCAGAACUCCAUCUCUCUCCCCCAACCGGCCCUCGCCGUCACCCGAAAGAAACACUCGCUGCCGUGCCAAACUGUGGAGAUACCCGACAGGACCGCACUGUUCUACACUGUAGGAGAGGGUGUUUGAGACAACGUUCACAACCCCCAACCAACCCCACCCCUUUCCUGGAUCUCCCAGGAAACACACAGACACACACACACACACACACACACAAACACACACACACACCUACCUAUGGAAGCAGAGGGGAUUGUUGCGUAAAAGGAUGAGGGGAAAGACUCGUUACGUUCAUCUCAAUUCAAGCUGAUCGCCGUCCGCUUUGCUAGCGGAAGGUUCCCAGACGAACCCAUGGGGGGGGGGGGUCUUCGAGCCUUCUGACAAACUCCCCUAGUCUGUGGAGAUGAGCAAACCCAGACACACACACUUGUUGCCUCUCCUCGAGUGCCUUUGGAUUUGGUUCGUCGUGUGUCAUCAUCGCUGUCUCUACGGCAGCGAGUAGAAUCCAGGUUCGGCUUGCCUAGCUAUCCUUACGUUUGCUGUAGGACUCUAGAUAACCUCACUCAUUUCCAUCUGGGAGCAGUUGCUUCGUUUUUUUGUAAUUCCAUUCUCGGAUGCAUCCAGGCAUCAGCAAGGAAAACUAGAAAACGCCAGAGGUCGGGCUGAAGUCGUAGUUUCGUGAUUAAACACCCACGAUCACGCACGCGCGGUCGUAACGGAGUGAACUCGCGCGAGUGUGCGAUGACGAGGUUGAAGAUCAACACGUUAGUCUUUUCACGUUCGUUCCAUGCGGUGCUAGUGUGGCAAAAGGAAAUGAUAAAGACCUUAAAAACGUUUAAGACCAAUCACGCACCACAUUGGUUAUUUGCUCGUUGUCCGUCCCCCCCCCCCCCGCUUGGUCUUCAGAGCCUACCGUCCUCGAUAACUCGACUGUCACUGGUUGCUAUGCUACCAGUUUCUUCUGCAUGGUCAUUGGUGAAUAGACGUCAGGGCAGGCAGGGUCAGCAGUGACCAUCGCAACAAAGUGAAGUUAUUCGAAGUCCUGUGAGCAGGUCAGCUGGAGAAUCCUGAAGACGUACAGACUGGCAGACGCCUUGUUGUGAUCGAUGAGUGUUGCCGUGACGUCAAACCUAAAGAUGUGGGAAAGUGGUUUUGGGGAGAAACCAAAUCAUUUGUGUUCAUUGAGGGUGUACAUAUAUUUUCAAAAAGAAAAGAAGUCAAAAAAUGUAUGUUUAAAAAUAAAAAAGGACUGAAGUUUUAUAAAAUUGUAGAUUACAGACAUUACAGACAGCUUUUUUUAUGACUUUGUUCACCUGGGGAAAGGGGGCUGUUUGGUCUCUGGUCAAUUUGUAGAUUUGUUUUUAUUAUUUUAGUUGUAGGUUGUUGUUUUUUUUUCUCUUUUUUGCCAGUAAUUUCUCGCUGCUCUGGUUGUAGUAAGGCCAUCACUAAAACCUUUACAUCCACGUAAACCGAUGGCCAUUUCCACCAACCCCCUGAAGAUGCGUCUCCUUGCCUUUUAGUUUUAUAUUCUUCGCUUUUCUUGGUGCAUCAAACUGACACAGAAACCCAAAACGAUAUUGUUGAGCAGCCAACAUUGCAGUAGCAAUAAAAUACCAAAAAUGACCGUGGAAAGUUGAAGUCUAAAUUUUAAUUUUAUUGUUUUUAGAUGGACUGUUUCCGUUGUUUAGAGCACUAAUCCUGGUCUCCUUUUGAAUGCCUGAAAUGUAAUGUAAUAUGUACAUAAACUUAUUAUAUAAACUCGCAUGUGUUUUGCA